AUGAGCGACCCCAAACGAGCCGGUCUGGCGGACCGUAGACAGAAGAUUCUCUCGCGGCGAGAGAUCGAGGGCAUGAUUGCUGACGGCCGACAUGUCUUUAUUUUUGACAACCGGGUGUUGAAGGUGGAUGCAUGGAUGAAGUUUCACCCUGGCGGUCAACAUUCAAUCAAGCACAUGGUCGGUCGAGAUGCGACGGAUGAGAUAAAUGCAUUGCACUCAAAAGAAGCCCGCCAGCGCAUGCUCCCGUAUCAGGUCGGACGAAUCGAAGGCCGAUGGACCAAUUUCCUACCGCCUAUCCAAGGAGGACACUUCCGCCCUUACGACCCGAAUGAAGCCUCAUCAGAUGAUUCAAGCGAAACGAGUACACGGUCGUCAUCUCCCGUGUUUGAUAACCCCCUAGAGGAGGGUACUACACGCCAAAGAAAGAGCUCGGUCUCGACAGCCGCGUCGUCUGCGCCGUCGACCCCAUCCGACGAAAAGACAGACGAGUGGCGCCCUUCAUUCCUUGACGCUCGAACGCAGGAAGAGAUUGUGUUUGACCUCGGAAAGUACCCUUCCCUCAAGCCCGAUGUACAGGAUUUUAUUGUCGAAAAGUACCGAGAACUGGGCCAACGAAUCGCUGCCGAAGGUCUGUAUGACUGUAAUUACUGGGCCUACUUCAGAGAGAGCUGUCGCUACAGCGUCCUCGCUGCGCUUUCCUACACUUUUCUUCGACUCGGCUGGUAUUGGACAUCGGCAUUUUUUCUGGGAUUCCUAUGGCAGCAGCUUGUGUUUACUGUCCAUGAUGCCGGCCACAUGGGCAUUACACAUGACUUUCAGUUUGACUCGACCCUUGGCAUGACGAUUGCCAGCUACAUUGGCGGACUGAGUCUAUGCUGGUGGAAACACAACCACAACGUACACCACAUCGUGACCAAUGAGCCUGAACACGACCCCGACAUUCAGCAUAUGCCUUUUUUCGCCAUCUCGCACCGUUUUCUCAACAGCCUCCGCAGCACAUACUACGAACACAUCAUGGUCUUUGACGCUGGGGCCAAGAUAUUUUUGAAGUAUCAAAACUAUUUGUAUUAUGUGCUCCUCCUCUUUGGCCGAUUCAACCUGUAUGUGUUGGUGUGGUCGUACUUUCUUUCGAGCAAAGCGCCGAAGAAGGGUCCUGCUUGGUGGCACGUGUAUUAUGAACUUACUGGACAAGUCUUUUUCUGGUACUGGUACGGAUACUGCGUGGUCUACGGCUCGAUCCCGGACUGGCCCAACCGGAUCAUGUUCGUUUUGAUCUCUCAUCUGGCGCAGUCGCCCUUGCACCUGCAGAUCACGCUGUCGCACUUUGCCAUGUCGACGGCCGACCUGGGCAUCCACGAGUCGUUUCCUCAGAAAAUGCUGCGCACGACCAUGGACGUCGACUGUCCGCCGUGGCUAGACUUUAUCCACGGUGGACUUCAAUUCCAGGCCAUUCACCAUUUGUACCCGCGUAUCCCGCGGCACAAUCUGCGACGCACGCAGACCCUGGUAUUGGAAUUCUGCCGCGAGGUCAAUGUGCCAUAUGCCAUCUUCACAUUUACCGAUGGGAACAAGGAGGUCAUUUCGCGGCUGGGCGAGGUGGCCAAGCAGGUGCGCAUGCUGGAGGAGUGUCGCAAGGCUGUUUCGCGCGAGUUGGUGCAUUAA